AUGCUCAGAAGCAGCAGCAGCAGCAGAAAUAGCAACAGCAGCAGCGAGCAGCCAGCGUGGCUGUUUGGCACUCGGGCUGUGCGAGCUGCAGCAAACGAAGUGACCCUCUCAGCUCUUCCCAAAGGCUGCAGCACGGCAGCGGCAGCAGCACCAAGAGCAGCAACAGCAGUAACAGCAGCAGCAACAGGAACAGCAGCAAAACCAGAACCAGCAGCAACAGCAGCGUCAGGAGCAAGCUCUCAGGGGCUGCGACAAACAGCAGCAACCGCAGCAGCAUCCGCAGCAGUGGCGAGCUCGCAACGGCCUGCGAAGACUGCAGCAGCAGCAGCAGCAGGGAGCAGCUUUGAUGUGCUGGUUUUGACCUCCCCAGAGGCUGUGCGGCACUUUUUCCUUUGCUGCAGCGAUGCUGGCGUAGCAGCAGCAGAUGUGCUGCUGCAGCCGCAGCAGCAGCAGCAGGUGCUGGUUGCAGCUGUGGGCGAAGCGACGGCAAGGGAGUUCAAGCAGCACUUCCGUGCUGCUGCUGCUGCUGCUUCUCCAGCAAGGGUUUCUGGACUCAGCGCCAAGCAGCUCCAGCAGCAGCAGCAACAGAAGCAGCAGCAGCAGCACGAUGGGGAAGCUGCUGUCCGUUUCCCGCGUCUCUUUGUUUCUACUGAGGCCUCUGGAGCUGCUCUUGCAAACCAGCUGGGUGCAUUAGUCUCACAAGAAGCAGCAGCAGCAGCAACGGCAGCAGCAGCAACAACAGCUGCGGCAGCAGCAGAAGCAGCAGCAGCUGCAGCAGAUGCAGCAGCAGCAACGGCAGAGUGGGGAGGGAGGCUGUCUGCGUGCUGCAGGGACUGCGGCCGGCCGCUCUGUCGAGUGCUGUGGCCGUGUUCGGCCUUAGCAGAAAACCACUUCACCAGCUGCCCGGCCCACAGCAGCAGCUGCAGCAGCAGCAACAGCGGCAGCAGCAGCAGCCGUGCUGCUGGCCCUGUUUGCUGGCGGGUCACCAAGAGGGCCAUCUACACGACGGCCCACCGCAAGCUGCAGCAAACGACGCGGGCUGAGCUGCUGCGCCUGCUGAGCAGCAGACAUCUCCCAAACUGCAGCAGCAGCAGCAACAGCAGCAGCAACAGCAGUCAUGGGGGAAAACCCGGUGGCUGCGGCGUGGCGAUCAUGUUCGGAAGCCCUUCAGCUGUGCGCGCAUGGGCAGAGACCAACCGCCUUCCCCUUUGCUGCAGCUGCAGCAGCAGCUGCAGCAGCAGCAGCAGCAAUAACUGCACUUGCCUUGUAGCUGUCUGCAUUGGGGAAACAACUGCUGCAGCGGCACGGGCAGCGGGCUUCCCUCAAGUCAUCUCACCCCAGCAGUCUGGGCUUGCUGGCUGGCUCGACUGUCUAUACACUGCAAUGGAGGCGCCGCAACAGCAGCACGGACAGCAGCAGCAGCAGCUGCAGCAACAACAGCAGCUGCAGCAGCAACAGCCGCAACAGCACCCGCAGCAGGAACAGCAACAGCAGAGUGCUGAAGCAAGUAAUCCAAGGCCUCUGGUGAUCAUAACGCGCGCAGAGGCCCAGACAGGAGAGCUGCUGCUGCUGCUGCUGCAGCAGCAGCAGCUGCAGCAGCUGCUGCCACCCAAGCCUCCGUGGCCUAGCGACUUUGCUAAAAAUGAUCUGCUGCUGCACCCUUUUGCUGCUGGUGCCUUCGAUGUGCUGCCGCUGCCCCUCAUAAAGACACAAAGAGACGACGAGCAGCAGCAGCAGCAGCAGCGCCUUCUGCAGCAGCAGCUACAGGCAGCUGCGCGCAGUUAG